AUGAGAUUCCUCGCCCUCUCUGUCAUUUCCCUCGUCGGUGCCGGCAUGGUAUCUGCACGACCCAGUGAGAGCUUUGCCGUCAAGCGCGGAGAGACCACCGAGGACAAGGUCAACGCUGCCGCUGCCGCUUUGGCCGGCAAGAAGCUCGAGAAUGAAUCUGAGACUUCGGACUGUGUUGGCCCCCUGCUGUGCUGCGGUUCUCUGACCACCCCUCUCGACCCUGUUGUCGAUCCUCUCCUGUUGGCCCUCGGCGUCAAUGCCGCCAACAUCGUCGGAUCCAUUGGUCUUCUUUGCCAUGGAUACGACUCUAGCUGUGACUCUGCGCCCCAGUGCUGCACCGAGGCCAACCUUUUGGGUGGUACCGUGGCUCUUGGUUGCGCGGCUCUGAAGAAGUGA